GCAGGGCUCUGGCUCGCAUCUCCACGCUGUAUAGAGCUGCUGGGACCAGCCUGGUCCAGCCACAGCCUCCUGGUGCCUCCAGCCCUCAAGCAGAGGCUCUGCUCUGCUCCCAAGCCCUGUUCCCUCGUGCAUCCCAAGGCUCAGAGGAUGGAUGGUCCAGAGUGGAGCUGGUUGGCGAAUCGCUCCCUUCCCCUUGGCUCUGCUCAGUAUCCCGAGCUCAGACUUGACCUGCUCGACAGGAAAAGCUCCUGCCUGGAGCUGGCUGCCAUGAGGAACGUGAACAUCGUCCUGCAGCAUUACAACUUCACGGGCAAGCUGAGCAACAGGCAGGCUGGGGACGAGGGCAUGGGGCUCCUCCGCACAGCGUUCGUCAUCAUCAGCUGCAUCAUCAUCCUGGAGAACCUGCUGGUGUUCUUGGCCAUCCUGCGGUGCCUGCGAGCGCGCCGCUGGGUCUACUCCUGCAUCGCCAGCAUCACGCUGAGCGACCUGCUGGCCGGGGCUGCCUACCUGUGCAACCUCUGCCUCUCGGGCAGGAAAACCUUCCAGCUUUCCCCCCAGCUCUGGUUCCUGCGGGAAGGAACCCUCUUCAUGGCGCUGGCCGCCUCCACCUUCAGCUUGCUGGUGACAGCCAUCGAGCGCUACAGCGCCAUGGUGAGACCCAUAGCUGAGAACGAAGCCAGCAAGACCCGGCGCUUACGUGGCCUCAUCGUGUCCUGCUGGCUCUUGGCCUUCAUCAUCGGGCUGCUCCCGCUGCUGGGCUGGAACUGCCUGUGCCACUUGAGCGCCUGCUCUGUCCUCCUGCCGCUCUACUCCAAGAACUACAUCCUUUUCUCCGUGGUCAUGUUCAGCAUCAUCCUCCUGGGGAUCAUCGGCCUCUACAUCUCCAUCUUGCAGUUGGUCCAGGCCAGCUCGAGGCAAACCAGCUCGAGGCACAGCCGCAAGCGGUCCCUGCGCUUGCUUAAGACCGUGCUGAUGAUCCUGGGGGCCUUCAUCAUCUGCUGGAGCCCCCUCUUCGUCCUGCUGCUCUUGGAUGUCUUCUGCGAGACCCGGACCUGCGCCCACCUCCGCAGCCUGGACUGGACCUUGGCUCUGGCCAUGCUGAACUCGGGGGUGAACCCCAUCAUUUACUCCCUGCGCAGCGUGGAGGUUCGCCGCGCCGUGGGGAGCCUCCUGUGCUGCUGCUGUGUCCGCCUUGGGCUUUGCGAGCCCGGGACAUGCUUGGUCAUCACUGACAUCAACUCAGGUUCAUCCACUGAGAGCUCCCUGCGGUACCGGGAGAGCUUCCGCAGCGCCGCCAGCGCCCGGCCCCGGGCUCCGCUCUCCAGCAACUCCAGCAUGAUGAGCAACCUCCCCAGCCUCUGAGGGCGAGCAGGAGGUGCCCCACAGCCCACCAGGACCUCCUGCUGCUGGGCCUGGCCUGGCCCAAGUGACCAAGCGCGGCUCCAUCCCAGUUGUUGGCUUUCCGAUGGCUUCAGCCUGGGGUAUGGCUUCAGUGAGGGUGCUCCUGGGGUGGGAGUGAAGGAUACGGGCACAUCUCUCUGCCGGGUUGUAAAUGGACCCUGUUCUGGGGAUGAUCCUGGCAGAAACCUUCCCCAAAGCAGUGUUUGCAACAGGAAUCACUUCAAGAGUCAUC